CGUAGGCUCACUAUGCCACCCGUUUAGUGUUUAUUCCCGCUUCUCUUUAACAUGAAAAAAUCACGAGUCGCGCGGUUUUGUACGUGGACAGCCAUUUUAUGGAUAUAUCACAACCCCGGGCCUCGUCUACAAUCGCAGUGUGUCUGGAACCGACAACAGCUCUCUGCCAGCUAUCGGGACGGGGGCGAGUUCAACUGUUUCAACGUUAGCCUUCCUAAUAUUACCAUCUAUGCCACUGGCGGCACCAUUGCCGGCUCCGCCAGCUCGGCUGACCAGACCACGGGGUACCAGGCCGGCUCACUAGGUGUCCAGGCCCUCAUCGAUGCCGUGCCUCAGCUAUGCAACGUCGCCAACGUGCGCGGCGUUCAGGUUUUUAAUAUCGACAGCAUAAACAUGAACUCAAGCAUGCUGCUACUGCUGAGCCAGGGGAUCCAGGACGACCUCGACAGCCCCUACACCCAGGGCGCCGUCGUGACGCACGGCACCGACACCCUCGAAGAGUCAGCUUUCUUCCUCGAUCUCACUAUCCAGAGCGACAAGCCCAUCGUGGUAACAGGUUCGAUGCGCCCAGCCACGGCUAUUAGCGCUGAUGGUCCCAUGAACCUUCUCUCUUCCGUCACCGUGGCCGCCAGCGAUAACGCCCGAGGCCGAGGGGUCAUGAUUGUGCUAAAUGACCGUAUUGGAUCCGCUCGGUUCAUGUCCAAAUCGAACGCGAACCAGCUAGACGCGUUCCAGUCGGCAGACGGGGGCUUCCUGGGUGGUUUUGUCAACACCCAGCCCAUAUUUUACGACCCACCGUCUCGGCCGCCAGGCCACCACCACUUUGACGUGCGCCGCGUCCGACGAUGGCGUGGCGAGGAUGUCAAGCUCCCGCAGGUGGACGUGCUCUACGCGCAUCAGGACCUUAAUGUCGGCCUAUUCCAGGCGGCUAUCGACUUGGGGGCAAAGGGCAUCGUGCUCGCGGGCUUCGGCGCGGGCUACUGGACCGACUCAGGGUCCGUGGAGAUCCGGCGCGCGCUGCAGGAUACUGACAUCCCUGUCAUCGUGAGCCGGCGGACGGGCUGGGGAUUCGCGAACAGUAACGGCGUCGAAGGUGGAAUCGGUGCAGGCUUGUUAAAUCCUCAAAAGGCGCGCAUACAACUACAGCUGGCCCUGGGGACGGAACUGGAGACGGAGGCCAUUCGAACUAUCUUUGAGCAUCGUAGAGCCAUGUUUGGAACAAGGUCUUAGCCACAAAUGCUAGGGUGGAGGGGGCUCUCUUUUCCUGCCAUUUUCACCGCUCCCUAGGUUGCCCCAGGCAUUCCCGGUCAGUCUCCGUAGCACAAGACUACGACUUGGCCCCGCGUGUGUUUGGCCUAGCAUAUUGGGUCGAAUCCGUGGAGUCACUGGCUUCGUUACCUCGCUCCAGUCUUACACCAUUUCGAGUCGUGGAUCUGGUCUCGUGGUUGAUGACGUGAAUCGUGAGGGAGAACUGAGGAGGGAACCUUAAGAAGCUCUGGGAGACUGCAAGACUGGAAGACCGGGAGACCGGGGAGACACCAAAGUUACCGAGCGUGACGCUUGAACUAACAUCAAGUACAGUUCCCACCCUCUGAUCUUUCGAAUCUGUCGCCUGUUGUCCGAGGUGGCUUGCUGCGUGUCGAAUGGUCUCUUAGCGCCAAAGACCCUAGUUGAACUCGCGCCAGGAAUCUUUAACUCAAUGGGAACGGCG